AUGACACUGAAGGGGAAUAAUGAGCCUCGGGUUACAGUACAUCAUACAACUUGCACAUCAUGUGAGACGCGGUUUGUCAAUCCGUCGUGGUACGGUAUGGUCGAAGGUCCCCGCGACACUGGGCGUCAUAGCAAGCAUCCCAUCUCGUUUGCUCGCUCACUCAGCGGGACGGGGAAGGAAUUAGUAGAAGCUGGGAUACAUCUCGUAAUCAGCCGCUGUCACCAUUCAUUUCCCGCCGGCGUUGGUCUGGGCAUCCAACAUCGAAACAAGUAA